ACGAGCAAAAAUCAAAUUAAAGUAGAUCUUGUAGAUGAAAAUUUUACAGAAUUAAGAGGAGAAAUAGCAGGACCUCCGGACACACCAUAUGAAGGUGGGAGGUAUCAACUAGAGAUAAAAAUUCCGGAAACAUAUCCAUUUAAUCCCCCUAAGGUGCGGUUUAUCACCAAAAUAUGGCAUCCUAAUAUUAGCUCAGUCACUGGGGCCAUUUGCUUGGAUAUUCUGAAAGAUCAAUGGGCAGCAGCAAUGACUCUAAGAACAGUGUUGUUAUCUCUGCAAGCAUUGUUGGCAGCUGCAGAACCAGAUGAUCCACAAGAUGCAGUAGUGGCAAACCAGUACAAACAAAAUCCAGAAAUGUUUAAACAGACAGCUCGACUUUGGGCACAUGUGUAUGCUGGAGCACCAGUUUCUAGUCCAGAAUACACCAAAAAAAUAGAAAACCUUUGUGCUAUGGGCUUUGAUAGGAAUGCAGUAAUAGUGGCCUUGUCUUCAAAAUCAUGGGAUGUAGAGACUGCAACAGAAUUACUCCUGAGUAACUGAGCCAUGUAGAGAGAGCUGCUUCAGUAGUCCAGCUUGCCUCUUCUGGAGGAGCAUCACCAUCUGUUAUUUUUAGGAUUCUAUAUAGAUUCUCUUUUAAAACUGGCACUCUUAAUGCUAUAUAAGCACUAUUGGAGACUGAAAAAAAAAAAAACGCUGUGUAAAUAAAGCUAAUUAAACAUCUGUGUAAAUUUAAAA